GUCGGUGACCCAAAUAUUCUUAUCAGUUUUCGUAAUCAUACUUUUAUUUUAAUACCAUUAAAUACCUUGAUAGAAUUCCCUAAUCUUGAAUGAUUCGGCUCUUAGAAAAUAGCAAAUCAAUAAGCCCAAUAAAGUUGCUCUCAAAUAGUGUAUUAUGAAAGAAGAGAAUUAUUCAUUGCAGUUAUGGGUGCUGAAGUUAUGUUUAAAAAUUGUGUACCCAAAGUUCAAUAUUCACACAUUUCUUGUCUUCCUAGCUAUUAAGUACAGAUAUUAUUACCAUAAAGGUCUGUUAAGUCACAAAGAAAUGAAUAUCUAUAAAAUUAAAUGCCUUCCAAAAAACGUUACAAAGUCUCUUGUCAAGAAGCACGUUGAAGAGGAAAAUCUGUAUGUUCUCUCACACAAAUGUAUCAUUAUACCAACAGACCAGUUUAUACAAUUAAGUGUUGAAAAUUUCUUUUAUAAAGACAAUGGAGUGUUAUGGGUAAUUAUGAAACUAGCACCUGACAUGAAGAAAAGACUUAAAGAUAAAAACUACAGCAAAAAAGACAAUUUAAAAUAUAACCUCGACUUUAUAACAUCUGAAAUUCACAAGAAACUUUGGACAUGUUCCAAUCCAGAAGCUAUAGAGAGCGAAAGAAUUGUACCUCUGAUUGGAUCAAAUUAUGUGCAUACAGCUUACACUAAUGAGGAUGAAUUUUUAAGUAUAGCAUCCUCAUUUGGAUUAGGUGAACAGAAUGAUAUAGAAGUGUCAUUUCAUCCAAUUCCUUCAGUAGAAUAUUCACCAAAAAUCGCUGCCACUGCAGAAGUCAGUCUGAUAGUAAAUGAAUAUGAUCUGGAAAAUGAUUUUCUAAAAGAAGUGCUAAGCAACCACUUUGAAAUACCUAAAGUUGUAAGCCUAAAUGAUGUGAUAGGGAUAGAACUUACCCCAUGCAUAAUAUCCAAGUAUAGUUAUAAAUAUUUAGAUAUGAUAGAAUCUAUUAAAAAACUUUACUUCAUAUGUAGAAAACUUCAAGGUGAUGAGACUGAACCAAAAGUGAAAAGCAAAGUUAUAAAAGCAUAUUAUAUUGUUAAAGGAGUAACUCAAUUAACUCUGGGUGAGAACACACACACAAUGAAACCAAAAAAUGAAUAUUUUGAAAUAGAAAAUUCAGUAGGAAAUCUGUUUAAAUUACACUCUUGCCCUGAUGGUCUGAGACACAUUUUCAACCAAAUUCAAGAAGCUAUUAACCCAUUUUUAACAGGAGAAAUAGAUGAAUUAUCUGCCUCGCUGUCAAGUCCUAUUAUUCCAAUGUUGCUCCUCACAGGAUCUAUUGGCUCUGGAAGACAUUUGCUGGUGAAGACUUUGGCUAAGUGCAAUGGUCUCAACUCCUUACAUAUUGACUGUAAUAGUAUACAAAACUCUACGGCAAAGCAAACUGAAAGCAAGAUCAGCUCAAUGAUACAAAAAGCAAAAGCAGCUGCUCCUUCUAUAGUUUUGUUAGAUAAUUUUGAGGUUUUAGCAGUUGAUGCAGAAAACAAUGAAGACUUUAGAGUUAUGGAAUACUUUGUCACAGCGAUAACAGACUUGUAUGAAAACUACACAAAACAUCCAAUCAUAUUCAUAGCUGUAACUGAAAAAGUGGACUUGAAACCGAACAUGAUGAGAAUAUUUUUGGAAAAAUUUCACAUACCAACACUAAAUGUUGACCAAAGAUAUAAACUCUUACUAUGGUAUGCAUCAGCUAUGGGUUUUAUUGUAAGCGAUAAUAAUAAUACAAACCAAAAAUGUAUAGACAUUGGUAGCGAAGAAAGUUUACAUUUAAAUAGCUACCUAAAAGAUGUCUUAUAUAGAGUGGCAUCAAAGACUGAAACUUUUGUGUAUGGAGACUUGGAUACACUUAUUCACUUUGCAAUGAGGGAGUCUUAUUUGAAUCAGACUAAAGGAAGUUCCCUUAUAUCUAGUGAUCCUAAUUUGCGGCUUGUACAAGAAGAAGAUUUUAGCAAUGCUUUAGAAUGUAUGAGGAAACUACAAAGCCAACAUUUGGACGCGCCAAAAAUACCAAAAGUGUACUGGGAAGAUAUAGGUGGAUUGGAAAAACUGAAAAAGGAAUUAUUAAAAACUAUAGAAUUUCCAAUCAAAUUUCCAUAUCUAUUUAAAAAGUCUUCCCUAAAAAGAUCAGGUAUUUUGUUAUACGGCCCGCCCGGAUGCGGCAAGACCCUGGUUGCCAAGGCGGUCAGCACUGAGCUCAAUGUCAGUUUCAUGAGCGUCAAAGGCCCUGAGCUGCUCAAUAUGUAUAUCGGUCAAUCUGAGGAAAAUGUCCGGAAAGUGUUCGAAGCGGCGCGCGCAUCGUCCCCGUGCAUCGUAUUCCUCGACGAGCUGGACGCGCUGGCGCCGCGCCGGGGUGCCGCGGGCGACUCCGGCGGCGCUAGCGACAGGGUCGUGAGUCAGCUGCUGGCGGAGGUGGACGGGGUAUCCAGCGGCAAAGAUGCGGAUACAUCGAGCUUUGUGUUCAUAAUGGGCGCCACGAACCGGCCCGACCUGCUGGAGCAGUCGCUGCUGCGGCCCGGCCGACUCGACAAACUCAUCUACGUCGGCCCUUACACGGGACUCAGGGAGAAGACAUCCGUUCUCACUGCACUUUCUAGAAGUUACAAGUUCCGGCCAGAAGUCCAGCUGGAGGACGUGGCGGCCGCGCUGCCGGAGCGCUGCACGGGCGCAGACCUGCUGCAGGUGGUGGCGGUGGCGCGCCAGGCCGCCGUGCGCGCGCUCGUCGACAAGCUGCACGCAGGUCAGAUAAAAGAAGGUGAUCUCACCAGUGACUCAGUUUUAAUAGGUGUAACAGAGCUAUGCGAAGGAGUCAAAGCGUUCAGGCCGUCUGUCACAGAAGAAGAAUUAGCAUAUUAUGAAUCACUUCAAUCACAAAUGUAAUUUAUAAUCAGAAAACCUGUAAUAUAAAAUGAGCAAGCAAUAAACAGUUAUUGAUUACCAACAA